AUGAAAUACCCUCCAAAAGAUGGUGUUCGAAGACUUUUGGCAGGUAUGCCACGAAUAAAGAAAAAAAAACUUUACAAACAACAGCUUCGAAUGUCAGAUGGUAAAUUUGGAUCUAAAAAACUAAUAAUUAAUGAUGAUUUGGAACAGGGUAAUAAUGAUGAUGAUAGUAAAUGGGAUGUUGCUGGUGAAGGAUGA